CUUUCUCUGUGGUCUCGACGCGUGUCUUAAGCACCACCCUUCUCGAGCGCAACAUUGGGCAAAGAUCUGCUCUUCUUUUGACCAUCGUGUCUGCUCAUUCCACAAACCAGCCAUGGCAAGUCGUGCUUCGCUCGAUCGUACUCGAGUCCAUCAGACUUCAUCCGCAGACCAAGUGACUACCUCCGACCCUGAGAGGCACGACCAUCCCACCUCGAAUGACAAGGAAGCUCAAGGGCAAGUCAGCGAAACAAUGGAGAACGGAGCAACUGGCGUCAACAAGGUGGAGGCUGCAGCUUACGUCUGGACCAAGAAGACAUUGCUGGUGAUUUACGCCUGGAUUUGGGUCUGUUUCUUCAUGCUCGCCUUUCACUCCUCGAUCGGCCUGAACGUUUUAGUAUACGCAUACGCAAACUUCAACACCGCCCCGGAGAUCUCGACAGCCGCCAUCCUGGCGACCGUCGUCGGCGGCGUGAUGAAGCUGCCAGUAGCCAAGAUCCUGAACGUCUGGGGCCGCGCAGAAGCGCUCCUCAUCUUCACCUCGCUCUUCGUGCUGGGCAUCAUCGUCCUAGCGUCGUGCACGGGGCCCAGCGGCUUCGCGGCCGGCUACGUGCUGUACUGGGUGAGCUACAACGCACUCUACCUGAUCCUGGACGUGUUCAUGGCGGACACCUCGGGCCUACGCAACCGCGCCUUCGCCUUCGGCUUCUCCAACACCCCCUUCAUCUGCACAGCCUUCACCGGGCCCCUCGCCGCCCAGUCUUUCCUGAGCAUGACAUCAUGGCGCUGGGCCUAUGGCGCCUUCGCCAUCGUCUUCCCGUGCGUCUUCCUGCCCCUGGCGGUAGUCUUCAAGUUCCACGAGCGCAAAGCCAAACAACUGGGCCUCUACACCCCCCGCCAGAGCAACCGGACCUGGACGCAGUCCGUGCUGCAUUACAUCCACGAGUUCGACGCCAUCGGCGCCCUCAUCCUGAUGGCAGCCUUCAUCCUCCUCCUCCUCCCCUUCAGCCUCACCGUCUACGGCCGCGCGCAAUACCGCUCCGCGACCUUCAUCGCGAUGCUGGUCAUCGGCGUCGUUCUCCUCCUCCUGUUCACAGCAUGGGAACGGCGGUACGCGCGCCACCCGUUCAUCCGGUACAGCCUGCUCCGCCAACCGACCGUGCUCGGCGCGUGCCUGCUCUCGGCCUUCCUGAACCUCGGGUACGCGGCGUGGGACCUCUACUUCCUGAACUUCGCGAUGGUCGUGCACGACCUCUCCGCCGCGGAGGGCGGGUACAUGAACCAGAUCUACAACAUCGGGUCGUGCUUCUGGGCCCCGCUGUUCGGGCUGUAUAUCCGCCAGACGAAGCGUUUCAAGCAUGCGUGUCUGUACUUCGGGCUCCCCCUAAUGAUCCUCGGGUCCGGGCUGAUGGUCUACUUCCGCGGGGAGCACCAUCACAUCGGGUACGUGGUGAUGUGCCAGAUCUUCAUCGCCGUCGCGGGCGGCACGCUGGUCAUCGGCCAGGAUAUGGCGGUCAUGGCGGUCGCGGACCACGAUGGCGUGCCCAUGAUGCUGUCGAUCCUGGGGUUGUUUGCGAGCUUGGGCGGUGCGGCGGGGAAUACCGUCGGCUCCGCGGUGUAUACCAAUGUCUUUCCGGAUCGGCUACGGGAGGCGCUGCCCCUGGCAGUCAAACGCGACUGGGCGGAUAUCUACCUGGGUGGGUACCUGGCGCAGAUGGAAUAUCCGGUCGGGUCGGAGGUGCGCACGGCGAUAAAUUUUGCCUGGGGCGAGAGUCAGAAGUAUAGCUGUAUUGCGACGACGGCGGUGCUGGUGCUCGGGUUCCCGUGUAUUCUGAUUUGGAAGAACGUGAGCGUGGAUCAGCGGCAGAAUAAGGGGGUGAUGCUGUAGGUCUGGGGAGUGUGCUGGUGAUGGAGUUUCGAAGGGUGAGAAAGGAGGGUAAUUAUGCUACUAGGUUGUUGCUGUGCG